AGCUUGGGGCGCCAUGGCCGAGGAGCCGGCGCUGAGCUCGGAGUCGGUGCUGCGGUUCCUGGCGGCGCGGGGCGGGCGGGCGCGGAACACGGAGCUGCUGGAGCAUUUCCGGGGCUGGCUGAGCCCCCCGGAGCCGGAGCGCCGCGCCCGGGCCCGCCAGCGCUUCAAGGAGCUGGUCAACGCCGUGGCCACCGUGCGGCUGGAGCCCGGCUCCGGCGCCAAGUACGUGCAGCUGCGGCGGCGCUACCGGCCCGGGGGGACCCCGGCUGCGAACAAGCCGGACUCGCCGCCCGGUGACCGGCCCCUCGAACCCGGCGGUAGCGAGACCGCCGCUCCCCUCGAUCCCCGAGCGGCGCCCGGGCCCGAGCCGCUGCCUGACAUCGCGGACACCGCCCCCUUAGACCCCCCAGUAGCGCUGCAGCUGCUGCCCAGCAUCGCGGUGACCCCUGAGGAGGAGGCGGACUCGGUACAGCGGAGUCGGGACUCCUCGCCUUGCCCCGGGGGGCAGCCGGGGGAGAUCGCGCCAGCUGCCCCGGGGAAGCCGGACCCCGAGGAUGGGGCGCUCCUGGGGAAGGGCCCCCCUAGCUGCCCGCAACAGCCUCCCCAGGCGGGGAGCGGGAGCGACUUGCCCCGGCUGGGCCAGGUGCCCCCGGGCGGCGGCAGGAAGAGGAGCUCGCGGCGCAGUGUGGCCCGGGGGCUGCAGGCGCAGCCGGGGCACGGCGCGGAGGAGACGGUUGUCCCUGGCCGGCUUGCCGAAGAGGAGGGGGCCGAGGCCGGUUCCGGCUCCCCCUGCUCCCCGGGCAGCUCCGGCGGGGGGGCCACCCCUAGGUCCGGCCGCAAGAACUUCCGCGAGUUGAUGAUGGGCAGCUCCCCCCAGCUGAAACGGAGUUUCUUCCCCAGCGCCCCCCGAGCCCGCGGGGGGGACUCGGACAGCGCCUCGCUGGCCUCCUCCACGGCCGAGGAAGAGAGCGGCGGGGGGAGCUCGGUGGCGCUGGACCCGCUGGAGCACGCCUGGAUGCUGUCAGCCGCGGACGGCCGGUGGGAGAGCCUGGAGGGGCUGCUGAGCAGUGAGCCGGGGCUGCUCUCCAAGCGCGACUUCAUCACCGGCUUCACUUGCCUGCACUGGGCCGCCAAGCACGGGCGCCACGAGCUGCUCGCCAUGCUAGUCAACUUCGCGCACAAGCAGCGGCUGCCCAUCAACAUCAACGCGCGCACCAGCGGCGGGUACACGGCGCUGCACCUGGCGGCCAUGCACGGCCACCUGGAAGUGGUCAAGCUGCUUGUGGGGGCCUACGACGCAGACGUGGAUGUCAGGGACUACAGCGGGCGCAAGGCCUCCAACUACCUGAGCCAGGGCACCACAGAGGAGAUGCGGAGCCUGGUGGGGGGCCUGCAGGAGGAGGGCGAGGGCACUGUGGGCAAUGGGAGCGGGCGCUGGAGACUCUCCAAGGUGCUCCCCUCCAACCUCAUUACCCACAAACUCUCUCACCACCACCAGGGGCAGGGCGAGGAGACUGAGUCCAGCGAAGGGGCAGCGGCCCAGGGCAGGGAGAUGAGUAGGAAAACCUCAAAUAGCGGCAGAAUGAAACCACGGCUCAACAAAAUCCGAUUCCGCACCCAGAUCAUCCACACCACCCCCUCUUUCCGAGGGGAGGCUGAGGAGGAGGAGGAGGAGCAGGAGGAGAAGCCACUGAAAACGUCCUUCAAGCUCAGACCCAAAUCCAAUGUCUUUGGUUAAGCAGGGAAACAAGCAGUAUCUAAAUCAGGGGUGUUACAUGCUCCUGAACCCAUUCUGUAAGUAGUGCAGAAGAGGGGUGAUGUUUGCAGGCCUGUGUGAGUGACAAUCCCUCAUCCAGAACUCAUGCAUUCUCCUGGGGAUAAAGCAAAAUGCCUUGUUUUAACUUCUGAGUUUCAUGAAGUGUAAAUAUCUGCAGGGCUCUUGGGAUUUAGCAGUUUCCAGGAAAUAGCUGCUUCA